AUGCGUAGGAUGCAACGUCUACUAGUCUCACUCUUUACUCUUGGUGCUGCAGUCGUCUCUCAGUCGUUCGAUCCACUGACCUUUGUCGACCCCUUAAUCGGCUCUCAGCGAGGCGGUAACGUAUUCGCCGGCGCCACACGGCCUUAUGGGCUCGCCAAAGCUGUCGCCGACGUCGACGGCGAAAAGACUGGUGGCUUUGCAACCGAUGGCAGCAACAUCACCGGCUUCAGCAUCGUCCAUGACAGCGGCACCGGAGGCAACCCCAGUCUGGGCAACUUCCCGCUGUUCCCGCAAGUGUGUCCAGGUGAUGAGCUCAAUAACUGCCGCUUUCGAAUCGGAGACCGGGCAACCAAAUAUGACUUGAACAAGACGGUGGCCGAGCCGGGGUAUUUCUCGGUGGAUAUGAUGCCGGGCGUGAAGGCGGACAUGACUAUCUCUGAGCAUGCGGCGCUCUUGCGGUUCACGUUUCCGAGCGGUAACGACCAUCCGCUUGUGAUGUUGGAUUUAACGGAUCUUUGGGCAAGCCGUCAGAAUGCCUCAAUCAAGAUAGAUACUCCCACAGGACGAAUGACGGGAAACGGCACGUUUCUGCCCAGCUUUGGCGCCGGUUCGUAUGUAAUGCACUAUUGCGUUGACUUCUUUGGGGCCAAGAUCUUCGACACGGGGGUAUGGGUGAACAACCGCGCGGGCAACGAGCCGAAAGAGCUAUUCAUCACCAGAGGCUUCAAUCUGUUCUACCUGGAGGGGGGAGGUUUCGUCCGGUUCAAGGAGCUCACUAACAACACGGUCACUGCAAGAGUGGGUGUCUCAUUCAAGAGCAGCGGACAGGCGUGUCAGAAUGCUGAGCGAGAGAUUCCUGAUCCCCUGAGUGACUUCGACUCGUUAGUCGGGUCAGCCAAAGACGCAUGGAGGGAGAAGUUGAGCCCAGUGUCGAUCAACGCGGGCGGUGCGACGGAUGAUCUUCAGAGAAGUUUCUGGAGCGGGUUGUAUCGCAACAUGAUCUCCCCUCAGAACUACACUGGCGAGAACCCCAAUUGGGAUAGCGGUGUCCCUUACUUUGAUUCAUACUACUGCAUGUGGGACAGUUUCCGCGUCCAGCAUCCAUUGCUUACCGUCAUCGAUCCGGUAGCGCAGACACAGAUGGUCAAUUCCCUGCUGGACAUAUACAAACACGAAGGUUGGCUCCCCGACUGCCGUAUGUCUCUUUGUAAAGGCUGGACACAGGGCGGCUCCAACGCCGACAUAGUCCUCGUCGAUGCCUAUGUCAAGAAUUUAACCUCGAUAGACUGGAAAUUGGCUCUGGAGGCCAUCACCAGGGACGCAGAAGAGGAGCCCCUGGAGUGGUCCUACCAAGGUCGUGGCGGACUGACGAGCUGGAAGAACCUCAACUACAUCCCGUAUCUCGACUUCGAUCCCAUCGGCUUCGGCACAAACUCAAGGAGCAUCUCGAGGACAUUGGAGUAUUCGUACAAUGACUUUUGUUUGGCGACGCUAGCUCAGGGUUUGAACGAGGGCACAGCCCACGAUAAGUACAUGGCAAGAAGCAUGAACUGGCAAAACCUGUGGAAGUUGGACCAAAAAUCACUGAUAAAUGGCACGGACACCAACUUCAACGGCUUCUUCCAGCCAAAGUACAUGAAUGGGACCUGGGGUUUCCAGGAUCCGAUUGCCUGCUCUACUCUUGCUGGAUUUUGUUCCUUGACGACAAAUCCCAGCGAGACGUUCGAAGCGAGCAUCUGGCAGUAUCAGUUCAUCGUGCCUCAUGCGACGUCAACUCUCAUCGACAUGAUGGGCGGCGAUGAUGCAUUCGUCACCCGUCUGAACUACUUCCACGCGUCUCCUCUCGCAGACAUCUCCAACGAGCCAGUGUUUCUCACGGUGUACCAGUAUCAUUAUGCGGGUCGACCCGGCCUCUCGGCGGAACGCAUUCACCAGUACAUACCGUCUGCCUUCAACUCUACCCGUGGCGGCCUGCCUGGAAACGACGACUCUGGUGCCAUGGGGGCGUUCCUCGCCUUCUCCGUCAUGGGUCUAUUCCCUGUCGCGGGACAAAAUGUGUAUCUCAUUACACCACCUUUCUUCGAAGAAAUCGCGAUCAAGAGUCCGCUGACGGGCAAAAAUGCUACAGUGAAGUGCGUGGGGUUCGAUCCGGCUUACAAAAAUAUUUACGUGCAAAGCGCCAAGCUGGACGGGCAGGCGUACAACAGGAGUUGGAUUGGGCAUGACUUCUUCAGCAAAGGACAGACUCUGGAACUUACUUUGGGCGACAAGGAAUCUGACUGGGGAAAGAGCAAGGAAGCAAGGCCGCCUAGUUAUGUGGCAGCGUCCAAGUCCUGA